AUGGCAGCUAUUUGCCUGAGAGGAAUACAACUUGUUAAUGAUAAAGAAUUUGCUUGCAGUGAAGGGGAUUUUGAUGGAGACAACUUUUACAUGGUUAAAUGGGGAAUUAAAGUUGAAAUAAUAG